GGGGUUCAGGAUGCUGGAGAGGGAGCUGGGCUCUCUAACCUCCUGGGUUAAAAUAAAAUUGAAUAACAAUUUGUUGACAGCGUUUCUCUCGUGCGCGUGUGCGCUCUCUCUUUCUCUCUCGCAGUCUCACUCUGUUUCUUUUCUUUUGACUUUUCUAAGAUGACAGAUGCUGAAUAUAUACUCCUUCUCUGAUGCUGUGGCUGUUUGUGGUUGGCUGAGAGGGAUGUGAACUCAUUAGUUUGCAGCUGUGUUAAUCAAAUCAGGUUGGGUUUCCAUUACGCGUGCCAAUCUCCUUUGAUCUGACAUCAGAUGUGACGGGACAGUUGAUACAGAGAUACAUUUAUCGUCUCCUCAGCUGUAAAACGCUCACUCUUUCCAGUUGGUAGGUCCGUCAUCUAACUAGCUCUCUACCGUGCACUCCAAUCGCGCCUCUUUUAAAGGGAAUGAGAGGUGACACUCUGAUUGGCUUAUUGAAUGAUACACCCAAAACACACCCAUGACUAAUUCACAGAAUAAGUCCAACCAUAGACAUAAUAAAGAGUAGACACCGCAUUGGCUGCUGGGGCGCAAGAAAUGCGGCCGCCAUCUUGAACCAGUCAUCCUACCCAGAAGAUACAAGAUGCCUGAGCACUGUGCGGCGUAUUCCUGUUCAAAUCGGCGGACUAUUGAAAACAGGGCUCAGGGGAUUACUUUUCACAAGUUUCCCAAAGUCAAAGAUGUGAGGAAGAAGUGGGAAAUGGCUUUGAGGAGGGAAGGAUUCACUGCAAGUGAUUCAUCCGUGCUUUGCAGUGAGCAUUUUAAGCAGGACGAUUUUGAUAGGACAGGUCAGAUUGUCCGACUCAGAGAUGGUGUUAUUCCAUCCAUCUUCAGCUUACUGGUUCACCUCCAAAGGCCGGAAAAGGGCAGGACUACAUCUACCUCCAGAAGAGCUGAAGACAGCCUGUCCGUGGCCUCUCAGGAUGCCCCACAAACUGCAACCUCACACUCACAACCUCAGCCUAAUGAUGUGAGUAUUUCUACUUUAAACAUCAUAUCAUAAUGGUCCUGGACAUAUCAAAAUCUCACUUGUUUGCUGCCACUCAUAUUAAACACACUCACAAAUAAACCCAUACACACACAAUUGAAGACAUGCUGAACAUGCAUUCCUGUGCGCCAGGAAGGAGACCCCAGUACAACAGCUCAGUACAUCAUCGUGGCAAAGAAUGACAAAGUCGCCAUCCCACUUCAAGAUGAGGGUUUGACAUGCACCAUAGACAAGUUGUUCAAAAUUUUAUGGGUUUGCAAUGUGGCAUACCCUGUCCAACUUGAUUCAAUCUAUUGUUUCUUUGAGCAUGUUUAUGA